UAUGUCAGAUACCUAUCAAAUGUCAGCUUGUCACGUAGAUAAUGUUAUUAUUCUUUCUUUCUCUUUUGUAAUUUGCAUCCAGUUCGAGGAUAGCAGAAAAUAUGGCCACAUCUAAAAAGAAGACAAGGAAGCUGAGAGGACACGUUAGUCAUGGACAUGGACGUAUUGGAAAACACCGUAAGCACCCUGGCGGUCGCGGUAAUGCCGGUGGAGAGCACCACCAUAGAAUUAAUAUGGACAAAUACCAUCCAGGAUACUUCGGAAAGCUUGGUAUGAGGAAUUACCACUUCAGAAAGAAUACAAAUUUCUGUCCAGUACUGAACUUAGACAAGUUAUGGACAUUGGUAUCUGAGCAGACAAGAAUUAAACAUGCCAAGUCCACUGAUGGCAAAGUUCCAGUCAUUAACAUUGUUAAAGCUGGUUAUUCCAAGCUGUUAGGCAAAGGUAAACUUCCAAAACAACCAGUCAUUGUGAAAGCGAAAUUCUUCUCAAAGACAGCAGAACAGAAGAUUAAAGCAGUGGGUGGAGUCUGUGUACUAUCAGCAUAAUUAAGUUUAUAAUAAAUUGUAAAAAUA